CGGACCGCGAGACGACACUGACGCGUCUAUCCGUUCGAAACCGCGCGAAGUUUACAGCGAUAUCGUCAAGGAAAUAGCACACUGUGGUGCGACUGUGUAGUGUUUUGCUAACCGAUCACAUUUCUCGAAUGUUGGUUGGCACGGAAAGUGCCUUUCUGUGAUAUCUCCACCACCGUAGCCAUUCUACCCAAAAUGAUCCAGCCGUUCAGAAGGAAACCGUUAAAAAACUCGAACACAUACCUGAAUACGUAACGAUCAUAGACAAUUAUAAACGAAAAGACAAGAAGCGUUCUCAGUGAUAUUAAAGAUUAAGAGUUCCUUUUAUUCAACCGAGUGAUAUUAAUUUAAGUUCUAGUGCCAUUAGGUUAAAGGAUAAUUAUUGUGUGGAUUUAUUUUUGUGUCAACAAUUUGUCUGCUAUAAUAAUGGAGAUGUGGUGUUUGAUUGGAGUUCUGAUGGCGGUUUCCGUUGGUGCUGAUCGCAGUAAUCUACCUCCCACUUGUGAAAGUGAGAUCUACUGCCACGGACCACUUUUAGACACCGUUCAGAUGGCUGGCCUGUACAAUGACUCCAAAACCUUUGUGGAUAUGAAACUGAAGUAUUCCCCGAACAUCACAAUGGGACAUUUCAAGGAGAUGAUGAACAGGACAGAUUCACGGCCUACGAAGGCGGAAAUUAUGGAGUUUGUCGAACAGUAUUUCGAUCCUGAGGGCUCCGAAUUCGACGAUUGGAAACCUACUGAUUGGAAGACGGAGCCAAAGUUCCUCGAGAGGAUAACGGAUCCACUGCUGCAUCAGUGGGCUUCCGAUCUGAACAGAUUAUGGCUGCAGCUUGGCAGAAGGAUGAAGGAUGACGUGAAGCAGAACCAGGACCUCUACUCUAUCAUAUACGUCGACAAUCCAUUCAUAGUUCCCGGUGGUCGUUUCCGUGAGUUUUACUACUGGGACUCGUAUUGGAUCAUCAAAGGUCUUCUUUUAUCUGAGAUGCAUCAGACUGCUCGAGGGAUGGUCACCAAUUUCCUGGACAUAGUCGAGAAACUCGGAUUUAUUCCCAACGGAGGCAGAAUAUACUACACCAUGAGAUCUCAGCCCCCGCUGCUGAUACCAAUGAUGAAGCUGGUGGUGGAUGACACUGACGACUUGAGCUUCCUGCAGCGACACAUCCACACGCUCGACAAGGAGUUCGACUUCUGGAUCACCAAUCAUACCGUGGACGUGGAACACGACGGGCACAAAUACAAGUUGACAAGGUUUAUUGAUCAAUCACAAGGUCCGAGGCCUGAGAGUUACAAAGAAGAUAUCGACGUAGCUCUUCAUUUAGAUACUAAAGAUAAGAAAGAAGAAUUAUACGCUGAAUUAAAAAGUGCUGCUGAGUCCGGCUGGGAUUUCUCAUCUCGAUGGUUUAUUCUCAACGGGACUAACAAAGGUAACCUCACCAAUUUGAAGACCCGUUCUAUCGUGCCAGUGGACUUGAACGCGAUUAUGUGUUGGAAUGCUCAGUUAAUGAGCGAGUUCCACGCUAAGCUGGACAAUAGACAGAAGGCUGAUUACUAUAGGAUGGUACACGCUAGAUAUAUGGAGGCUAUUGAAAAGUUGUUAUGGCACGAAGACGUAGGUGCCUGGUUGGAUUUCAACCUGGAAUCGGGAAGACGCAGGGAUUACUUCUAUCCAUCCAAUAUCGCACCACUGUGGACCGGUUGUUAUGAUAAAGCAAGGAAAGAAUAUUUCGUUAAUAGAGUCAUCAACUACUUGGACAAAGUAAAGGUGGAUGUAUUUGAGGGGGGUAUUCCGACAACGUUCGAACACUCUGGCGAGCAAUGGGACUAUCCCAACGCGUGGCCGCCGCUACAGUACAUGUUCGUCACCGGAUUAGCUGAUACUAACAUACCUCACGCUAUGCAACUAGCCAACGAUAUCGCCACCAAGUGGGUGCGAUCCAACUUCGAAGUCUGGAAGGAGAAGACGGCUAUGUUAGAAAAGGUAAAAAAAAAUAUUUUUUUUUAGGUUUGUUCCUUAAAAAAAGUCGGAUCCAAUUAUAUUUAUAUACAAUUUAUACAACUACAAUUUAAUUAAAAUUAUUUAUGU